AGUUACGAAAAUCUUACCAGUGACAAAAUUAUAUUCCAUGAAGCCAAGGAGUACAAAGUCAAGAAUUCCAAACUUAAAUAUCAACGAAUUAAAAUUGAAACCAAGUUUCCAAAUGGCAAAAAAGGAGCUCUUGUAAUCGAGACUCCAUUUUUGUUUUCCUUUGGAGUCACAGAACGAUUAAAUCAAGAGACUAAUCAGCCCAGGGGAUAUUCAAUUCCAGUGUGUCUCUGGGGAAAAGAAGAAAAACCAAAUGAAAGUGAAAAAUCGUUUUUUGAAGCAAUAAACAAAGUCACAGAAAUCUACCAGCAUUAUCUCGAGGAAGAAUUUGGUCCAGAUAUGGCGAGUUAUUUAACAAAUUCUCUUUACUGGAAACAGGUUGAAUAUACUGACAAGAAGGGUAAAACAAAGAAAAAGAAGGAUUAAUCAGCCGCACCAGUACUUUAUGCAAAACGUAUUUAUUCUGAUAAAUCAAAAAAAAUACUUUCACUAUUUCGCACAAAGGGAAAUGAUAAAGUCAGUCCUUUUGAUUAUUUGAAUCAAUAUUGCAAGGUUAAAAUGGCACUUAUUAUCGAGAGUAUUUAUCUCUCAAAAAAUAUUGUUUCUCUUCAGAUAAAGGUUCAUGAGGCCUAUAUCAAGCCUCUAAAGCCAAUGGAAGCGUUACUGUCAAUCAAAGAAAGUGAUGAGGACGAAAAUGAA